CCCUGUAGUCGCAGCGCACCCAACUUCACUUCAACGCGUUCGUUAUUAAUUUUCGGGCCAUUUAUUUAUUCGCAACGAAUGCGAAUGUAAAAGCGAAUAUUUUGGCUUAAUUGUGCGCGGACGGUGCUAGUAGAAAUUGCUAGUUGACUUUGGUGACAUUUUCAACGCGAGUGCCAUUUGCCAGAGAGCGCGAUUUGGCAUUUAAUUCCCUCUUUAUUCUUUUUUCGCAUCGCCAGCUUUUCAGCGGUGCGUUAGUGUUUGUGUGUGAGUGAGCGUGUAUUCUUCUGCCGCCAAUCCACAGUUGAAGCGGAAAAAUGGAUGUGGCGAAGCUGGAGAAGAUGAAGGUGGUAGACCUGCGCAACGAGCUCCAGUCGCGCGGCCUGGACACCAAGGGAGUCAAAGCGGUGCUUGUCGAGCGCCUGCGGGCAUAUGUGGAAGGAGGAGCCGGCGACGGAGAUAAUGCGCCGGUCACACCAAGCCGACGUCAGCGUCGCACCCGCUCCAUGUCUCGCUCUCCAUCGCCGGUGCAAGCUGCUUCUGUGGCCGCAGAACCCGUGCUCGAUACCCUGGAAGAGGAAGAGCAGGCGGAGGAGAAAUCAGAACCUGAACCCGAACAGGAACCUGAGCCGGAACCAGUACCCAGUGAAUCGGAGGAAGCUGAACCAGUAUCCGAAGAGGCAGAAUGCACAUCCACAGAACAAGCGAUAGAUGAAGUGGAGCCGGAGCAACAGACCGAUGAGUCUGAUAAAAAAUCAGAAGCAGACCAUGACAACGAAGAAGUAUUCGAACAGGAAGCUCUUGUCGAAGCACCGCAAGAUGAAGUGGUCGAUGAACCAAUGGAGGAGGACCAUGCUGCCACCCCAGAGGAGCAAGUACAAGAACAGACGAAAGAGGAAAAGCCAAAAGAGGAGAAUGAUGCCGAAAGCAGUGUGGCGGCCGAGCAUCAGUCAAAUGGUGACAGCCAGAAAAUGGACGUCGACGUAGAAGAUUCGGCUGCCCCGAAAGCGGAGGAGGAGGUUAGUACCGCUGCCAAGUCGGAGGAUCAGGGACAGGAGCGACGAAAACGUUCGCACAGUCGUUCGCGCUCCCGCAGUGACUCCCGCUCACCUAAGCAUCGCAACAGCGUGGGCGACAAACGUGAUUCAAAGGCAGCCGCGGAGGAGCGCACUGUUCCCGAGGACGAACCCACCAUCGAGGAGAACAAAGUGGGGCUAAGCUGGUUGGAUUCCGACUUACACUUACGUAUUGAUCCCAGCACGUUUGCCUCGGCCAAGCCACUUUCCUCUGAAAUUUAUUCACUGAUUUGGUCUGGAGCUAGGGCUAAUUUCGGAGUUCGCGAAGGCAAAGUUUGCUUUGAGGUGCGUCUGGCUGAGGAAUCGCUUCCAGAAAACUCGCACUACUUUCGUGAUGAACCGCAUGUGCGAGGUUUUCGUGUGGGUUUCUCAAUGCCCCAGAGCUCCCUAUUGCUAGGCGAGGCUGAUAAUUCAUUCGGCUACUGUGAGACCGGACGUAAGGCCAAUAAGGGCGAGUUUUCAGACUACGGUAAACCUUACCAGCUGGAUGAUGUUAUUGGGUGUUAUUUGGACCUGGAGAGUGAGCUAUGCACCAUUAAUUACACUCUGAAUGGCGAGGAUCUCGGUGUGGCUUUUGAAUUUGAAAAGAGCAUUCUGGGAGAAGAUGGUGCCCUGUUCCCGCACAUUGUAACCAAGGGGUACGAGUACUCGGUGAAUUUCUCAGAUGCCGAGCAGCUGUUGGUUAAUGCCGAAAGGCCCACACGCAAGCGCCGCAAGCCACGCAAAGACGAAGACAAGGACGACGAUAAAGAUGACAACGAUGGCGAGAAGUGGAAGGUUUUGGACGAAGCCACAGCUGACGAUGAUGAGGUCGAGAAGAAGGAAGAAGAUGGAAAGGCUUCUUCGGAGAAGGAUGAAGAGGAGGGCGAAAGCCCAGAAAAAGCCAAAGAGGCUGAGUCGGCCCCAAAAGCUGAUACAGAAGUAGAAACGGAAGUUGCGGAGUCUUCUGAAGCUCCUAAGUCGGAACAAGAAGCUACCGAGACUUCGGAAACUGCUGAGGCUUCUACUGAAGCUUUGAAAGAAACGGCGUCUGUGGCCAAUGGCGAUGCUUCUGCAGAAAAGGCCAACGAUGAAAAGGAAACUGAGGAGAAGAAGUCCUCGGAGGCAAAUGAUGAAGAAGAUGAGGACGGUCCGUCGCCCAAUAAGCGACCAAAGAUCGAUGGCGAUUCUGAGAAAGCGGAAUCUGAGAAGGAUAAAGAGAAGUCGCAGACAACCGAGGAUGAAUAUGAGGAUGUAAUUCCCGAGCCAAGGGACACUGUUGCCCUGUUGGAAGGCUACGUUCUAAUCGGCCUAGUGCCUGUCGAACAGCUUGUUCCCGGUCCACAACGCGCCGGUAGUCGCAAGGAGUGCGAAGUGAUUCUGCUUGUUGGCUUGCCCGGAGCCGGAAAGACGCACUGGGCUCUUAAUCAUGUGACUGAGAACGCCGAUAAGCGUUAUGAGUUGAUUGGACCUGAUUCAUUCAUUUCUAAGAUGACGAUCGAUGGAGUCUCCCGCAAGACUGUGCACAAAGGCCGUUGGGACAAGGUUUAUGAGGUCUGCUUAAACAGCCUGGCGGCUCUGGAAGAUAUUGCCAUGAAGCGUCGUCGCAAUUUCAUACUUGACCAGACCAAUGUAUAUGCCUCGGCCCAGCGACGUAAAAUGAAGGGUUUUAACGACUUCAAGCGCAUUGCGGUUGUUUGCAUACCAAGCGAAGAUGAAUUGAAACGUCGCAUCGCCGAAAAAGAGGAAAAGGGAAAUGCUUUUACAGUUAAAGAAUCAACAAUUAAUAACUUACGAGCCAACUUCACACUUCCCUCGCUGGAGUUUGGCUGGUUUGAUGACAUAAACUACACGGAGCUAACUGGAGACGAGGCCAAGAGUGAGGUCAAGAAGUACAACGAGAAGGGCAAAAAAGCCAUCGACGCAGAAAGAUCGAGGGACAAGAGAUCCCGAGGGGGUCGUGACAACUAUCGUCGUGAUGACCGCAACAGGAAUCGGUACAAUGAUGACCGACGACGCGACUAUGGUGGUCAGCGGCACGAAAGUCGGUGGAGCGAUUCGAGACGUGGAGGCGGAGGAGGAGGCGGUGGUGGCGGCGGUUACUCUAGCAACAGUGGAGGAGGCGGAAGCCGUGGAUACGACAACCGCCGCAGUUAUAACAGCGGAAGUGGUGGCCAACAAAAUUGGGUGCAGAACAGCCGCAGAAGCGGCUACGAUGAUCGCGGAUAUGGCGGUGGCGGUGGAGGCGGCGGUCGUGGUUAUGACAAUCGCAACCGUGGAUACACAGGUGGCAGCGGGGGCGGCGGUGGUGGUCAGCAAAACUGGAUGCAGAACAACCGACGAAGUGGAUACGAUGAUCGCGGAUAUGGGAGUUCACGAGACUAUCGCGAUCGAGACCGCGGCAACGACCGCAGUCGAAUGGGAAGUAACGAUCGCAACAGGGGAAGCAGCCAGAGCAGCUAUCGUUCGGGGGGCGGUAAUCAUCAACAACGGGAUUUUCGGCCUGGCCACCGCGACACCAAAGAAGAUAGUCGCGGUGGCUAUGAGCGGUCAGCUGGUCAAUCGCUACCCAAGUACGGCAAUAACACCGCAGCCGGCGGUGGCUACGAUCAGUACAAGCAACAGUCGGGUGGAACACCUGGCGGAGGCAAGGCCUCUCUUAGCGGCAAGUGGAGCACGUACGGCCAACACCAACAGCAGCAACAGGCGCCGCAUCAGCAAACGGGCGUCUGGCAAACUCAGCAGCAGUCACAACAGUACCAACAGCCUCAGCAAUCGGCAGCAGGUCAACAACAAUAUUGGGCCUAUAAUCAAAUGCAGGGUAAGAGUAAGAGUAUUGUGAUCGUCUUUUAUAGAACGACUUACUUAUUUGAUGGUUUGACAACAGGUUAUGGAAACCAACAGGCUUGGCAGAGUGCUGAUCCGCAACAGCAACAGCAGUGGAUGUCCUGGUGGCAGCAACAGCAACAAGGCUCUGGCGGAGCAGCGUCCGGUAGUGCCAGUGGAGGUGCGAGCGUCAAUGUCGGAGGAUCCGCUGGCAAUAAUGAUGGUGCCAGCAAUCAUUACUGGUCUCAAUAUUCGUACUCCACGCAGUCGGGCGAUAAGAAGUAGAGUGCAUUGUGCUAGCCCCUGUUCCACCAGUCCCAGACCCCUCUACGUUGUCGCGGAAGGAGAAUAAACCACAAAUCGGAACUAAACUUUAUAAAAUAGUUUUAAAAAAUUAACAAACAUUAAAAACAAAAUUAACUUAGUUUAGCCAGUUUGGGCUAGUCCAAACCAAGCAACUAAGAGGGCUUUCCCUCAAUCAAAAUUCAUACCUAACCCACAAAUGGAUUGUGCACCAUGAAGACUAGCUAUUUCAUUAUAAAUUGAACCUGCAUUAAUGUUUAAUGUUUCGCUUUUCAUUUUCCACAAAGCAUUUUCUCUUUGACAGUGACAAAGCAAUUAAAUGAAACUCGGUCUUUAAUCUGGCACUACGUAUCUAGGCAGUACAACUUGUUUUAACGUUUUAUUAUCAUUAUUGUUUUAUUUUUUACAAUCAACGCAAACAAUUGAAAGGAAAGCAUUAGAGAAGAAACAUUAACAAAUAAAUCUAUACAUUGAAAACGAA